AUGAAAAGUGCAGACGUUCGAAGCAUUGUACUUCGUAAACAUCAAAACGAAGACACACCAACAAAAAUAUUUCGAGAUUUAAGCUGGACCGUCUUGUUGAGAACGCUUAAACGGUGGAUGAAAAUGAUCAAUAACUCUGGUAGUUUUAAUUUGUCAACACCUCCAGGUCCAACGCGUACGAUUCGUACCACAAGCAUAAUUACCAAAGUCAAACAACGAAUGGCGCGAAAGAAACGAACAUCAGCAAGAAAAAUUGCAAAAGAACUGGAUAUUUCGAAACGAAGUGUCGGUCGGAUACUGCAUCAAGAUCUCGCUUAUUUUCCGUACAAAAUGAUCACUGAACCGGCAAUCACAGAUCUUCAAAAGCAGGAAAGAGCCGAAUUUGCAUAUUGA